AUGUUUGCAGUACACUUGACAGCAUUGUUCUUUGCCAAGCUGAAGGAAGACCAGAUUGAUAAGGUGGACAGAUUCCUGUAUCACAUGAGGCUCUCGGAUGAGACACUUUUGGACAUUAUGAAGAAGUUCCAUGCUGAGAUGAAGAAGGGUCUGGGGCAGGACACCAACCCCACAGCCUCAGUGAAGAUGUUGCCCACCUUUGUCAGGGCCAUUCCAGAUGGCUCCGAAAAUGGAGAGUUUCUUUCCCUGGAUCUUGGAGGAUCCAAGUUUCGAAUACAGAAGGUGCAAGUUUCUGGAGAGGGGAAGCGAAAUGUCCACAUGGAGAGUCAGUUCUACCCGAUGACGGAUGAAAUUACUCGAGGGAAUGGCUCUGAGCUGUUUGAAUUCAUAGCUGAAUGUCUUCAUGAUUUUAUGAAGGCUAAAGAUUUGAAGAAUAAGAAAUUGCCCCUUGGUUUUACCUUUUCGUUUCCCUGCAGACAGACUAAGCUGGAUGAGGGAUUCCUGUUGUCGUGGACCAAGAAGUUUAAGAAGCAAGGAGUUCUAAACACAGAUGUAGUGAGUCGUCUGAGUAAAGCCAUGAAAAAAUACCCGGACAUGGAUGUGGACAUCGUGACCGUGGUCAAUGACACUGUGGCGACCAUGAUGACGUGCGCCUACGACGACCCCUACUGUGAAGUUGGUGUCAUCAUUGGAACGGGCUCCAACGCAUGUUACAUGGAAGACAUGAGCAACAUAGACCUGGUGGAAGGCGACGAGGGCAGGAUGUGCAUCAGCACGGAGUGGGGGGCCUUUGGGGACGACGGAGCAUUGGAAGACAUUCGCACAGAGUUUGACAGGGAGCUGGACCUUGGCUCUCUCAACCCAGGGAAGCAACUGUUUGAGAAGAUGAUUAGCGGCCUGUACCUGGGGGAACUCGUCAGGCUUAUCUUGCUGAAGAUGGCCAGGGCUGGCCUCCUGUUUGGUGGCAAGACAUCCUCUGCUCUCCUCACUAAGGACAUGAUUGAGACACAACAUGUGGCUGCCAUGGAGAAGUAUAAAGAAGGCCUUGCCAACACUAAAGAGAUCCUUACAGAUCUGGGCUUGGAGCCGUCAGAGGCAGACUGCAUUGCGGUCCAGCACGUUUGCACCAUCGUCUCCUUCCGCUCCGCCAAUCUCUGCGCUGCGGCCCUGGCAGCCAUCCUGACGCGUCUCCGGGAGAACAAGAAGCUGGAGCGACUCCGGACCACGGUGGGCGUAGAUGGUACCCUCUACAAGAUACACCCCCAGUACCCCAAACGUCUGCAUAAGGUUGUGAGGAAACUGGUCCCAAACUGUGAUGUCCGCUUCCUCCUGUCUGAGAAUGGCAGCUCCAAGGGGGCUGCCAUGGUGACCGCGGUGGCUUUGCGAGUACAGGCCCAGAGGAAGCAGAUUGACAAGCUACUGGCUUUGUUUCGGCUGACUCACGAGCACCUUGUAGGCGUGCGGGACAAAAUGAGGGCUGAGCUGGAGUAUGGGCUGAAGAAGACGACCCACCCGAUGGCCACAGUCAAGAUGUUACCCACCUAUGUGUAUGGGAUUCCGGACGGCACAGAGAAUGGGAAGUUUCUUGCCCUGGACCUGGGUGGAACCAACUUCCGCGUCCUCCUGGUGAAGAUCAAAAGAGGGCGAAAGUCAGUGCAGAUGUACAGUAAGAUCUUCGCCAUCCCCCUGGAAAUCAUGCAGGGCACAGGCGAGGAGCUGUUUGACCACAUUGUGCAGUGCAUCUCUGACUUCCUGGACUACAUGGGUCUCAAGGGAGCCCACUUACCUUUGGGCUUCACGUUCUCCUUUCCCUGCAGACAGAUGAGCAUUGACAAGGGAGUACUCAUAAAGUGGACCAAAGGCUUCAAGGCUACUGACUGUGAAAAUGAAGAUGUGGUGGAAAUGCUUAGAGAAGCCAUCAAGAGGAGAAAUGAGUUUGACUUGGACAUUGUUGCACUGAUAAAUGACACGGUGGGGACCAUGAUGACCUGCGCCUAUGAAGAUCCCAGUUGUGAGAUUGGCCUAAUUGCAGGAACAGGCAGCAAUGCGUGCUACAUGGAGGAGAUGAGGAACAUUGAGCUGAUGAAAGAGAACAAAGGGAAGAUGUGCAUCAACACAGAGUGGGGAGGAUUUGGAGAUAAUGGUUGCAUAGAUGACAUCCAGACCCAAUACGACAGGGAGGUGGACGAGGGGUCCUUGAACCAAGGAAAACAGAGGUAUGAAAAAAUGACCAGUGGGAUGUACCUGGGGGAGAUAGUGCGGCAGAUCCUGAUCGACCUGACCAGGCAGGGUCUCCUCUUCCAUGGGAAGGUUUCAGAGCGGCUCCAGACUAGGGGCAUCUUCGAAACCAAGUUCCUGUCCCAGAUCGAAAGUGACCGGCUAGCCCUUCUCCAGGUCCGGGGCAUCUUGCAGCAGCUCGGCCUGGAUAGCACAUGCGAGGACAGCAUCGUGGUGAAGGAGGUGUGCGGAGCUGUGUCCCGGCGGGCAGCCCAGCUCUGUGGUGCUGGCCUGGCUGCCAUCGUGGAGAAAAGGAGGGAAGACCAAGGGCUUGAGUCCCUGAAGAUCACGGUGGGCGUAGAUGGCACGUUGUAUAAGCUGCACCCUCAUUUUUCUCGGGUAUUGCAGGAGACUGUGAAAGAGCUCGCCCCUCAAUGCAACGUGACAUUCAUGCUGUCAGAAGAUGGCAGUGGGAAGGGAGCAGCUCUGAUCACUGCUGUGGCCAAGCGGUUACAGCAGUCACAGAAGGAGAACUAGGGACACUUCAGGGCUGGGUGUGAUGUACCUUGGACCUUGACCACCCUUUCCUGUGACUGAUGAAUUGUUC